AUGUCCGCUUCAGAUAAACCUCGGUCUUUACUAUCGAACGAGGAUGCCAAGCUMAAAGACUSGAGCCAUGACAAUAUACAGGAGCCAGUAACCGCAAAUCUCGAGAGUAUUGAAUCUGCGAACGCCGUCAGUAUGGCCGAACCGGAGACCAGUCAGCCAGAGCUCCUACACAUCGAUCCUUCUCCUAUGGACGAGCCAGCGGCUGAGAGCAGCGCAAGCACACACAACACUAACACGGAGCGAUUACAAGAGUUAUCACUAUCAUCGAAAAAACCAGAUACGCUCAGUGUUGAAACUCAAAUCGACUCACCGCCUCCACCUCCACUAAAAGACGACGCGUACAUUGAUCCUACACCAAAGACUCCUCAAGCACCCCGUUCCCCCAUGGGCAUGCCAUCCGAAUAUACCGAGAAAGAACUCCCAAGCGUGCCUCAAGAUGAGCAGCUCGAAGAUCGAAAGGAAGAUGUCGGAGCCAACGAUGACGACCAGUCAGAGAUUCAGAGCAUAAUGGAACAAUUUUCAGAUGAAAUGAAAGGGCCCAAUGAGACAGAAAUCAUGUCGCCACGUUUAGAAAUUGCAGAGCAUUUUCAGAGCCAAUUUCCGCAACGCAAAUCGAGUCUUGAGCCACUUCCGCAGAGCGCAAGCAAUUACCCGACAUCCUCUGGCCCAUCUUCCGUACCAUCACCUAUUAUCGUGCCCAAAUCCGCGCCAAACGCCGGAACCGAUGUACCCGAUACUCCGCAGUCGACAUCUUCGAGAACAGGGCUUCCUCCCCCUGAGCCAGAGCCGGAUCAACCGUUUGAUUUCCAUCGAUUCCUUGAGCAGUUGCGUCACCGAACCGCAGACCCAGUCGCCAAGUUUCUACGCUCCUUUUUGACGGAGUUUGGUAAGAAGCAGUGGCUGGUUCAUGAACAAGUGAAAAUCAUCAGCGACUUCUUAGCUUUCAUAACGAACAAGAUGGCUCAGUGUGAGGUCUGGAGGCACGUUUCAGAUGCGGAGUUCGAUAAUGCCAAGGAAGGGAUGGAGAAAUUGGUUAUGAACAGGCUUUACAGUCAGACCUUCUCACCAGCCAUCCCACCUCCUCCGUCUGUGCCCCGAAGUGCGAGCAGGAGCAAACGCAAAGAGUUGGAAAGAAUCCAUGGGCCAGGUCGACGGGGCCAGCAUCAAGAAGAUGUUGAGCGCGAUGAAAUAUUGGCCCAGAAGAUACGGAUAUAUAGUUGGAUAAGACCCGAACAUCUAGAUAUCCCGUCACUCGGUAACAAUGGCCGCCGAUUUAUCAACCUUGCACAACAAGAAUUGAGCAAAAUCAAAGGUUACAGAGCGCCACGAGAUAAGGUGAUUUGUAUUUUGAAUUGUUGUAAGGUCAUUUUUGGACUGCUGAAGCAUUCCAAGAAUCCCGAUACCUCGGCAGAUUCAUUCGUUCCCAUCUUGAUUUACGUUGUUCUGAAAGCGAACCCUGAACAUCUCGUUUCCAAUGUGCAGUAUAUUCUACGCUUCCGCAAUCAAGACAAACUUGGAGGAGAAGCAGGUUAUUACCUGUCUUCUUUGUCUGGCGCUAUACAAUUUAUUGAAACCCUUGACCGGACGAGUUUGACAGUUAGUGACGAGGAGUUCGAGAAGAAUGUAGAGGCCGCCGUUUCUGCUAUUGCGCAGGAGAACAUGAAAGCCGAAUCGGAAACGUCAAGCACCCAGGCUACUCCGCGCGUAUCGGCCGAUACUGAAAGACUUUCACAAAGACGGGACGUCGGACCUCCUACCACAAAUGAAGAUGAGAAUGCCCCUGUCACAGGACUACUUCGAACGAUUCAGAAACCGCUCUCCUCAAUCGGUCGGAUAUUUUCGGAGGAUUCAGAAGUCGACAGGAGACCUCAACAGAGCAGCGCAAAUGCACCACCAUUACCCGAACGGGGACCUGCUGCAGCACAAGCUGGCAAUGAGCGUAUUGAUGCCCAGGAAGCAGCAGCUCGGCAAGCAAGCGCAGAAGCAGCAGAGGCUCGGAGGAUACAACGAGUAGAGCAUAGAGACGUGGUAGAGACUUUGUCAGGCAUGUUCCCGAACUUAGAUAAAGACAUCAUUGACGAUGUUGUACGGAUGAAGGAGGGAAGAGUCGGACUGGCAGUGGAUGCUUGCCUCGCACUGAGUAGUACGGAAUAG